CUGAAAUUUCGCAAAUGUUCAUAUCACCAGAGUACCGUAAAUAGGGAAUACAACUAUUCCUCGAAUCAAUUUUAAGUUAUCAACGGCUACGCGCCAAGACACGCCAUCGCGAUGGCUGUUCCUCACAAAUCAUUCGACACCAUAUUAACUCUUGACUUCGGGUCACAAUACACCCACCUGAUCUCCCGCCGACUCCGUGAACUCAAUGUCUUCUCGGAGAUGCUCCCAUGCACUCAGAAGAUCUCUGAGCUGGACUUCACACCCAAGGGCAUCAUUCUCUCAGGAGGGCCGUAUUCAGUCUACGAAGAAGGGAGCCCUCACGUUGAUCCCGCGGUUUUUGACCUGAAUGUGCCCAUUCUUGCCAUUUGCUAUGGUAUGCAGGAGAUCGCAUACCGUGCGGAUUCAUCAAAUGUUAUCGCCGGCACGCACCGAGAGUAUGGUCACUCCAUACUUAAAGCGCAAAAGAUCGAUGGGCAUGUCGACCGUCUAUUCCAAGACCUUGAGGGUUCAAUGCGCGUGUGGAUGAGUCACGGUGACAAGUUGGCCAAACUUCCCGAGGGAUUUCACACCGUGGCAACAUCUGACAACUCUGAGUACGCCGCCAUUGCUCACAAAACAGAGCCGAUCUACGGGUUGCAGUUUCACCCCGAAGUCACCCAUACGCAGAAUGGGACUCAGCUACUGAAAAAUUUCGCCAUCGAUAUCUGCGCCUGCAAACAAGACUGGACUAUGGAUGCCUUCUUAGAGCAAGAGAUUGCGCAGAUUCGUGAGCUCGUCGGCGAAACAGGCCAGGUCCUAGGAGCUGUUAGCGGAGGUGUUGAUUCCACUGUUGCGGCGAAACUCAUGACGGAGGCCAUUGGUGACAGAUUCUGGGCAGUCCUCGUCAACAAUGGUCUCAUGAGACUCAACGAGUGCGAUCAAGUACAGAAAGAUCUCAAGGAGCACCUAGGGAUCAAUCUAACCGUUGUGGAUGCUUCACAACAGUUCCUCGACGGUCUCAAGGGCGUUUCAGAUCCCGAGAAAAAGCGAAAGUUCAUCGGUGGCAAGUUCAUCGAUGUCUUCGAGGCGGAGGCUAAGCGAAUUGAGGAUAAAGCGGCCGCUUCCGGCAAGGCCGGAAAUAUCAACUUCUUCCUCCAAGGCACACUAUAUCCGGACGUCAUCGAGAGUCUCUCCUUCAAGGGUCCCUCAGCAACGAUCAAGACUCAUCACAAUGUUGGUGGCCUACCGGAGAGAAUGACCAAUGGGCAAGGUAUGCAGCUGAUUGAGCCGCUUCGAAGCCUCUACAAGGACGAGGUGCGUGCGCUCGGCCGAACACUCGGAAUCCAAGAAGAACUGGUGAUGCGGCAUCCAUUCCCCGGUCCCGGCAUAGCCGUCCGAAUCCUUGGCGAAGUAUCUCAGGAAAAGGUCGACAUUGCCCGUAAAGCUGACCAUAUCUUCAUCUCCGAGAUUCGCAAGGCUGGGUUGUACAACAAUAUCUCCCAGGCCUAUGCAGCAGUCGACCCGAGUCGCGCCGUGGGUGUCAUGGGAGAUAGGCGUGUUUACGGCUAUAUCAUCGUUUUGAGAGCCGUUACGACCACAGAUUACAUGACCGCGGAAGCCUUUGAAUUCCCUUGGGACUUCUUACAAAGGGUCAUGAAUCGGAUUGUGAACGAAGUUCAUGGGGUGUGCCGCGUCACUUACGACAUUACAAGCAAGCCGCCGGGAACGAUCGAAUUGGAAUAAUUAUUCAAUUCCUUCCUAUGUUGUCAAGCGUAGUCAUUAUAAAAGUAAAUGGCUAGAUGUAGACCUAGACGAAGGUAUCAGAGCAAUCGAUCACAGUUUUAUGCGUAACGUUGGGAUUACGAAACUGUGUAAGUAGCUGCAAGUAUCAAGAGGGCUCGGAACUCGAUAUUUGCAAUAUAAAUGGGACGCAACCUAAGCCCAAUCUCGUGUACUAGACAUGUAGUAAUACUCACCUAC